AUGCAGCCCACGCAGACAACUCACCUCGCCAGUCGUCAUGGCACGUUCUACCUUGACGAAGGAGAUCUCGUCGCGCGCGCAGAAGACACUUUGUACCGCUUCCACUCCUUCCAUUUCCAGCGGGCGACAACGCACUUCGAUACCUCCAUCCAGUCUCUGAGCAACGAGGCUACACAAGAGGGUAGUCACCAUGAUCGCCCACUCGUUCUCGACGGAGUGAAGUCGUUGGAUUUCGAACACUUGUUAUGGUUCUUCUACGAGUCAGCCUACAGAUGGUCCGGCAUCGUUGAUCCAACGCUCACAGAGAAAUGGGAGUCUAUCCUCCUCCUCGCCGAGAAAUUCGGUAUGAAGCAGGCUGCGAAGGUCGCCUGCUACGCGCUUGGGCGCGCGGGGGUCCUAAGUGAUGUUCACAAAAUUGCCCUUUGCGUGAAACACGGAUUAGGAAAGGACUGGGUACGCGAAGAACUCAAGCGCACUGUCUCUCGCGACGAGCCUUUGACCCGAGAAGAGGGUCGGGACCUUGGGUCUGAUACAACGAUACUUUUGGCCGCUGCGCGAGAGGCGCUACGUCCGCAACUGCUACCUGAGCCCGAAGCUUCCGCACCGAUUAGUCGUGCUGCCGUCCCUGAUAUGUUCCGCAAGGGAGAUCUUUUUCUUCAGGCGUUUCAGGAUAUGCUUAACUCUCCUUUCACUGGUACCUCCAACGAAGGCCAAACACGAGAUUGCCCCAUUGUCCUUGACCUCAAGACGCACCAGUUGCGAAGCUUCCUCUGGUUUUUGUACGAUUCGGCAUAUGAAUGGUCUUAUAAGGCAGACCCGGAGUUGGCUUCCAAAUGGGAGGAUAUCCUCGUUGUUGCCGACAUGUUCAACAUGGAGGAGGUCUGCCGCGUCGCGACAUACGCCCUGGACCACAACGGCGGCCUUCCGGACGUCCGGAAAAUAGCGCUCUGCGUGCGACACGAAGUUGAUAAGUCCUGGGCGUUCGAAGCCAUCAAGCGCGUGUGCGCUCGUCAGGAAGCCCUCACCGAAGAGGAGGCGUGCGACAUGGGUUUGAAGAUGGCCAUCAACAUCGCAUCGGCGCGCGAGAUAGCAUACAAAUCUUCCGGCGGUAGCACCACAGACACCUCUCACCGGCCCACGCGCCAUGGUACCUACUACAUCGACGAGGGAGACCUCGUCGUGCGCCGGGCGACGAACUACUUCGAUGCCAAAAUACUGGCCUUGAGCGAUGUGCCUGCCAACGAAGGCGGCAGCGACGACAACCCGCUCGUCCUUGACGAUGUGAAAUCACAGGAUUUCGAGCACUUAAUGUGGUUCUUCUACGAAUCCGCGUACAAGUGGUCAGGCGUCGUUGACCCCGCUCUGACGGUCAAAUGGGAGUCGGAUAUGCUCCUCGCUGAGAAGUUCGACAUGAAGCAAAUCGCGAAGGUCGCAUGCUAUGCGCUAGGGCGUGCUGGGGUGCUUGGAGACGUGCGCAAGAUUUCCCUCUGCGUCAAGCAUGGGCUAGGAAAAGACUGGAUAAUCGAGGAGCUGAAGCGCAUGAUCGAGCGCGACGCCCACCUGACAGAGGAAGAAGGCCAGGAACUUGGCAUCAAGACUACAAUACUUCUGGCUGCAUCUCGCGAAGCAUGUCGGUACAACCUUUCGAACAUGCCUGCAUCAUGCAAAAACCUUCCAACCACAUACUGCAACUGUGGUGGCUAUCGCAACUUGACUUGUGGCGGAGGCGUACAUAAGUGUGCAUCUUGCACUCGUUCAGUGACGACUUGCCCUGAACGAGAUCGAUUUUACACGGAGAAAUUCCAGCGAUCAAGGAUUAACAAAAUUGUCGAGGAAAUGGUGCUUCCCCAGCCUGGCACCAUUCCUGCGAAGCUCGAGACUGCUGGUCUAGAACACGGCGCCGCAAAAGCAGAUUUAUUCGUCAAGUUAGGAGCGUCAGUGUUCGCUGUCCAUUCAUAUCACCUGAAGAAAGCGUCGCAAGUGUUUCGUGAUAUGCUCGAUUUGCCGCGCGAAGGCAUCACAAGCGAGGGCAGAUCUCGAGAACACCCCAUCAUCCUCAAUAUCAGCCCGCACGCAUUCGAGAGCUUCCUGUGGUUUCUAUAUUGCUCAGCCUACGAAUGGUCCUAUGAGGCAGACCCCGGUCUAUCCGCUAAAUGGGAGGAUAUUCUGCACGUCGGAGAUAUGUUCCAGAUGGAGGACGUUUGUCGUGUUGCGACAUAUGCUUUGGAUCAUCACGGUGGCCCAUAA